CAAUUUUCACUCGUUCAAUUGGACUGGUGAAGUAAAUAGCUCUAAAUUCUUGAAACAAAAUGUCUUUUGAUUUCAAAGGGAAAUCCGUUCUUGUGACUGGUGCCUCUCGUGGGAUUGGUCGGGAGCUCUCUGUGGCUCUUGUGAGGAGCGGAGCAAUAGUUUAUGCACUUGCUACCAACGGCGAACUACUGGAAGCUUUAAAGCAAGAAUGUGGCGAAGAUGUACGCCCGAUUGUGGCCAAUUUACGCGACUGGGAUGCUACCCGCGCGGUGUUGGAACCACUUCCGCCAAUGGACGGUCUUGUUAACAACGCGGGUGUUUCGUACGAGUGGACUCCGUCUUUGGAGGUAAGCAAAGAGCUGAUUGACAAGACAUUCGAAGUUAACAUCAUGGCCGCGAUUAAUGUGACCCAGGCUGUCGGAAAGAAGAUGGCUGCUGCAGGCAAAGGAGGCUCCAUUGUGAAUGUUUCAAGCAUAAACGGACUCAAUCCCAUGCGGGAAUGUAUGCCGUAUAAUUUGUCAAAAGCCGCUCUGGAUAUGAUGACCAAACAGUUUGCGUUGGAGCUAGGACCGAAGAAAAUACGAGUGAAUUCCGUCAAUCCUACGGUCGCGUUGACGGACAUGGGUCGCGAGUUUUGGACCCACCCACCGGAAAAAGGUGAUCUCCUCCGGAGUCAUACGCCGCUCGGGCGGUUUGCUGAAGUCUCCGAGGUAGUGCAACCCAUCAUGUAUCUCCUGAGCGAUUGUUCCAGCAUGGUUACUGGAACUGUGAACCCGAUUGAGGGCGGACUGCUCUCAAACAUACAGUGCUGAGUGACAUUUGAGUACAAGUAUAUGAGUACGUUGCGGAAUUUUUUCACUGUUAUUGUUUAGAUUAUAAUACAGGUUAUAAUAGGUACAAACUAUAUAAACAGACAUUAACACUUUUGUUACAUUAAUUUUGUUUUUAUUAAUAAUACAGAACUCAGUAUUACCAAUGGUUUAUUGCAAGUGAAUGAUAAUAUACCAGUGCUACUUUAUUUAUAACAUAACUCCAAUUAUUUUCGCAUGACAAUUAUUUGAUUAAUGCGACUGAAUAAAUUGUA